UCCCAUCACAUUUUGUACUUCAAUUUAGUUAGUUUUGAUUCACACUAGAAACGCUCCUUUCUCAUGAAAAAUCCCCUCGCCUCCCAAUCUUUUACACUUCAAAUUUGGGAGGAAAAGAAAUAACGAAAGAAAAAAUUCUUUCUUUUCCUUCUUAAUUCCUCAAACCAAACAUAGUACUCCGUAUUAGACCAAGAUUAUAGUUCAAUUUACCUCUUUUAGAUAAUUGUCGCGUGGGGGAGAAAGGAAUGAGAUUCUGAGAGUAACUUCCUUUUUUUCCUCCUUUUUCCCUGAAAAAGCUUGAAACUGAACAUGUGACAUGUUGGUCUCCAAAGGGUACACAUCAGAUAAGUGAGUGGACGACUUUUUGGCCUUCCAUUAUGUUAUACUCUCUGGCUGGCAUGCCAGACUAACAUGAACCCAUUUCAUUUCCAUUCCUACUGAGCUCCAAAUGAAAAACCAGCUUACCCAUGAUGAGGAUGAAAUAGGAAUGACAAGGAGAAGAAGAAUACCGAGCAAAGGGCAGAACGGUCAAAGUGCGGUGGCGCGUCUAAUGGGCGUGGAUAUGUCACCUUUCCUGUUAGAUUCAAUGCCAACUUCAAGACAGAACAAGAAGAAGAAGAAGAAGAGUGAGAAACCAACCCCUCGUCGCGAACAUCCUCAGGAGGAGGAGUUAGAGAAGUUCAAGAAAGAGUUUGAGGCGUGGCAAACUGAAAAACAAAACGCCUUUUGUCUCAACAAUGUGAGUUCGAAAAUCGUGGUAGUGAGGCCUGAUUUUGAUGAUAUUGAGGCUGCCAUGUGUGGGUCCCAGGCCAGCUCUCCCCGCCUUUCAGAGGAAAGAGGAGGCCAUAGCAUGGAAGACUUUCUUGAGGAGGUGAACAAAAGAUUGAGGCGCGAAUGGCGCGAAACUCAAUGCAGAGGAAGAGGAAUUGAAACGCCUUACAGUGAAAAAUCUCCUUAUGAAGUCGAGACAAAACUCUCGCCUAGGAGCCUCAUCCGUUCUUUGUCUGCUCCCAUAUCAAGAACGUCCUUGGGAUACCUUCUCUUGGAAGAAGCAAAAAGGAAGCGAGGAGCCAAUGACAGGGUUGCUUUGAGUGCUCUGGAUCAAAACAAGAGAAAAGAGAAGUUCAGCCUCAAGGAAAAAGUCUCAAGCUUCAAAGCAAAACUUUUUAGUAAGAAACUUCAACCAUUGGAAGGAUCACAUGGGAGUUGUGGGACUAAACACAUCCUCAAUGACUCAACAACAAUGAAUCUUAAUGAGAGACAUGAGAAUUUCACAGAAGUGCCACCAAGUCCUGCAUCUGUGUGCAGCAGUGUUACUGAAGAGUUGGGGUGGAGGCCGGGAGGAGAUUAUUCCCAUAUUUCAAGCCCAGCUUCGACUCCGGAUAUACAUCCUCUGGUUGAGAGUGACAUGCCUCGCAUUUUCAGAGAAAUCAGCUCUAACAUAAGGGAGCUUCGGAGGCAAUUGAAUCAAUUGGAAACUGGCGAGGCAAUGACUGAUGAGCAGCCUCGGCCUCCUCUUGAGGAAGAAAUGAUGAUGGAGAUUCAUGACAAUGCCAAAGCUUAUAUAAGAGAUCUGCUCAUUGCUUCUGGUCUCUAUGAUGAUAAAUACCCAUCAAGAUGGGACCCAUUCGGGAAGGCCAUAAGCGACCAUGUUUUUGAAGGAGUAGAGAAUGCUUACAGGCAAAAAAAGGCAGAGGGAAAUGAAGAGGAGAGGUUGAAUCACAAGAUGCUAUGUGAUUUAUUGAAUGAAGCAGUGCCAAAUAUUCUUCAGGCACCUUUGACACUGUCCAGAUUCAUGGAAGAUGUUAUUACAAUGUCGCGACCUCCACGGGGAAGGAAGUUACUGGAUUGUGUCUGGGAAAUGACUCGGGCGUACAUUUACCCAGGGGCAGAUCUGUCUUAUUGUUCCCUUGAGGGUAUGGUGGCACACGACUUGAAGUCCACCCCGUGGUUGGUUGUCAGCGAGGAAGAUGGGAAUGCUAUAGGCAAAGAUGUUGAGUCUCAGAUAACUGGAGAUUUGAUUCAAGAGAUUUUAGAAGAUAUGAAACCACUAUCUUGAAGGGAAGUGCUAAUUUGAGUUAGGCGGAUUGUAAGGCUCCAUUUGGUUGGACUAAUCGGCUUAAGAAUAAUCUGGUCGAAAUAUUAGUCCAUGAUUUGUCAUCUUCCACCAGAUAACUGCAUAGCUUCCUGGUUGUAGCGUGAAUCUGCAGGUCCCCGGCGUCUUUCAUAAUAAUCUUGCCUGCUACCGGUUGCUUCAAUAUGUUGCCACUCUUCCCACCUUCCACCAGCAAGGCUCUCUCCUUCCAACAUUCGAACCACCAAUGACAUCGUGGGGCGGUCUUCGGGUGAUGCUUGGGUGCACAACAGUGCCAUCUGAAUCAUCAUCUCUACUUCUCGGAUGUCAUAGUCCUCCAGGUUCCUGUCCACAAUGGCACUGAGCAUUUUUUCUCUUUGCAGCUUCUUAACCUUCAAAAUGGCAUGUAUACAAACAUGGGUCAUCCCAAAGCUGAUACUAGAAGAGAGACCUUAGAACAAUAAAAACAGAUCUUGCACAUAAUUAAAUCAAGGGGAAAAUCCCAUUUUUAUUCCCUAAAGAACAGUUCAACAUUUUGUAAUCUUGACCUCUCUUUCAGAAUUUGUAAAUUUAGGCGCAAUUUGGCGUUGAUUCUGAAAACUGAUUCUGUUCAUUCUGCAAAUUCUCAUCUCAGAAUAACUAAGUGUUGCAUUU